AUGAAUAAAGUGGAUGAUACAAUGGACUCUAUACGCGAACAAAUCGAUUUGGCGGAUGAAAUUUCAAAUGCUAUUUCUGCACCAAUGAUCGGAAUCGAUCUGGACGAUGAUGAACUGACGGCGGAAUUAGAAGAAUUAGAACAAGAAGUUCUUGAUAGUCAGUUGCUUGGAGCAGACACUCCACCUGUUACUGUCCCCAACGUGCCAACGACCGAGCCCACAACCAAAAGGAAAAUUAUUGAAGAUCAAGAUGAAGACGAAGAACUGGCAGAAUUACGUGCAACCAUGGCAUUGUAA